UUAUCACUUUUUUCUCAAAAGUGCAUAAAUAGGCAUACCCACCCAGCUCAUCGGGAAUUAACUGGCUCAUCGUUCUCCGUCACGGGCAUUGAGAAAUUAACAGAUCGGUGAUGCGCGCUGCUCGAUGUUUAAUAAUUAAUUAACUACUCUCAUGCAUGCCGCAUGAUGCAUUAUAUUGUCGCAUGGACAUACAUAGAUCGAUCAUAAUGAAACCACACACAUAUAUCAUUAAAUCUAUGUAUGUAUACAUGGAUGCCUUAUUAGCCGCCUAGUAUCCAUUGAUGAAACCACAGGAAUAUAUCAUUAAAUCUACCUAAGUACCUAGCUGCUAGUUUCUUGAUUCAUCCGGCCAUGUCGGGGACGUUGAGUUUGAAGCUUUUCAUUGACGAAAAGGCCGGAAAAGUCAUCUUUGCGGAGGCAGACAAAUCCUUCGUUGACUUCGUGGUCAACAUCCUCUCCCUCCCUCUUGCAGCUGUUUCCAAGCUUCUCAAAUAUGAGACCGGCGGUGGAUCCCUCGGAAUACUCCACAAAAGCGUCGUGAACCUUUUGAAAAAAGAAGAUUCAUUAUUGUCCACUUCAAUGCCUUUUCUCUUGACCGGCGACUUGUUUUCCGGCAACAAAUCGUACCAUUGUCCCCGUUGUGGACCUUGUGGUGGUCUGAUUUUUCCCAAGGGGAGUGCUACGAAUCAGGCCGAAGCAAUGGAGUCUGGAUUUGUGAAGGAGGGGAUGACGUAUAUGGUGUCGGAUGACUUGGAGGUGAAGCCGCUCUCUACUGUUAACAUCAUCAAUCUACUGAGUUCCUGCAAUAUUAUGAACAUUGCUUCACUUGAGGUCAAGGAUGUUACUUUUGGAAGUGAUCAGGCGCGACUGCUGUUGAAUACCGCUAUGUCCUCAAAAUCGGUUCUCAGUUCUAUGUUUCUCCCGCCGGUGAUUAUUGGCGGAGCUGUUGUUGAAGCAGAUUUUGGAGGUGGAGCAUCUGCAGCCCCUGCUGGUGCUGCAGCCCCGGCUACAUCAGUUCCUGCAGAAGCAAAAAAUGAAGAGAAAGAAGAGGAGAGUAAUGAAGACAUGUGGUUCACACUCUUCGAUUAGGCAAUUACGAUUGUUCUAAUAUGUUAUUUUAUCUAUAUGGUUUUUGAGAAAAACUGUUUUGGCAUUAAUUUAGUUCACUAGAUUUGAGACACAUGUGCUAUGGAUUACUAUUAUGAUUUGAAGUGUUUUCUUAGGAUUCUUUUUUAUUUAAAAAGAAAGAAAAAAUAAAUAAAAACAUCAUACAUUACAAAUUAUUGAAGAUUUAC